AUGAGCAAUGAUGAGGAACGGUUGCAGGUCUGCUUCGCCGAGGCGAUCUACACGAACGUCGCCGAAUACCCGGAGGAGCUUGCCUUUGAACGCGGCGACGUCCUUCGUGUCCUUUCCAAGAAUCCAGGUGUUCUAAUUGACAUUUUACCUGAGUUAUAAUGAUAAUUGGAAAGGUAGAGACCUGAAAUUGGGGAAAACUUGACUUCUAACCUGUAAAAUGCGGGAAAAUUUUACUUUUUUCUGAAAAAGGAGGUUUUUUUAAUGCAAAAUGGAAUAAGAAAAACGAUUGAAAAGAGUCCAAGAAAGAAAAUUUUUAACAAUGACUUAUUUCCAAGAAUCCAGGUGUUCUAAUUGAGUAUUGACCUGAGUUAUAAUAAUAAUAAGGCAGGUAGGGCCCUGAAAAUUGUGAAAAUCUUGGUUGGAAAUCAUAUUUUUUUCAAGAAAAAAAGGGACUUUUUCUGUGGAAAAAUAAGGCAAGAAAAAAACGUUUUGAAAUUUUUUGAAAAUUCUAAAUGUUCUUGAGUCAUUUUUUUAAGUACCCAGGUGUUUUAAUGGUUUUUUUAAAAAAACUUGGCUUUAAACUCGUAAAAUUGAUAAGGUGUCCUGAAAAUGAAGAAAAACUGCUGAAAAUCUCAAUUUUUCAAGAAAUUUUUCAGUUUUCAAUCGGGCAAGAGUAAAGAUUGGGACAAAUUUUUUUCCCUUGUCUUCUCAAUUUUUUUGAUGAAAAAGCUUUUUUUCUAUUUACAAAGCUUCGAUUAAAAAAACCAGGCAUUCGGGGGUCCUAGAACUAGUAAUGGCUCAAAGACUGCGAAAAUCGUCAUUUUUCAAAAAUUUCUUUUGAAAGAAAAUUUUUCCGGGUCAGUUCUAAUGAUAGAAGUGUUCAUAUAGGAACAUAUUUUGCUGUAAGAUUGGUUUGGACCGAUUUGCUCCACUACGAAAAAAUUUUGGUUUUUACGGUAUUUUUUCUACAGUAAGCCUGGAAAUGGGCGGAGCCUAAUAAAAUCGGGUUCUAAAUAGAUAAUAUUUUGUACAAAACGUUUUCGAAUCUGUUCGAUUUUUUGGGAAAAUGCGUGUUUACUGAGAAAAUUUCUAGUGGCCACUAUAGAGGCUCGCCAAGGACUACUUGGAGAAGACACUAAAGAGGCCACUAAACCCACCUCUAUAGUGGCCACUAUUCUCCGUUUUAGUGGCCACUUUAGAGAUUAUCUAUCUAGUGGCCACUUUAGUAGUUUUUCAUCCAGUUUUCCUUCUAGUAACUAUGAUAAUUUUAAAACAAACAGUUCGGACCAGUUAUGUUGAUCCAUUAUCCCCUAAAGUGGCCACUUUUUGUGGUCUAGUAGUAGCACUUAGACCUCUAUAGUGGCCACUAAUUUUUAACCCCUGAACUGACCACUAAUUUUGCUACUAUAGUGGUCACUAAAACGUCAAAACCCUAUAGUGGCCAAUGAAAAUUUUCCCAGUAAAGCGUCACGAAAGUAGCACUUAGACCUCUAUAGUGGCCACUAAUUUUCAACCCCUUAAGUGGCCACUAAUUUGACUACUAUAGUGGUCACUAAAACGUCAAAACCCUAUAGUGACCACUAAAAUGUUUCUCAUUUUUAGGGAUCGACGGGAUUUCCGAGGGCUGGUGGCUCUGCGUGGACCGGAAAGGCAGAAAAGGUCCAAAAAUGUCUCGAAAUUCCCCAGAAAUGAUCCUUUUUUCAAGGCGUCGUACCGGCGAAUCGGCUCCAAGUAAUGCAAAGAUUUGCUGACGAGGAUGUCGCCAAAGGGGUAAAUUUUGUACCUUUUUAG